AUUCGAACUUAAAAUCCCCCCGAUUUUCUACAAACUCUGCUAAUCUCCUCUUAUAUUACUCAAAAUCUUCUUUAUCCCCUCAAAAUGGCACCAAAGGCAGAGAAAAAACCCGCAGAUAAAAAACCAGCUGCCGAAAAAACCCCCGCCGCCGAGAAAUCAUCAAAGGCCGGCAAAAAGCUCCCGAAGGACGGCGCUGCUGCCGCCGGAGAUAAGAAGAAGAAGAGAUCAAAAAAGUCAAUUGAGACUUACAAGAUCUACAUUUUCAAGGUGCUGAAACAGGUUCACCCUGAUAUCGGAAUUUCAAGCAAAGCCAUGGGUAUCAUGAACAGUUUUAUUAAUGAUAUAUUUGAGAAGCUUGCUCAGGAAUCUUCUAGACUUGCUAGGUACAAUAAGAAGCCGACAAUUACUUCACGGGAAAUUCAGACUGCCGUCCGAUUGGUUCUUCCCGGUGAAUUGGCUAAGCAUGCUGUUUCUGAGGGUACUAAAGCUGUUACCAAAUUCACUAGCUCUUGAAAUUUGAUAGUUUUUUGCUGUUUUUUCCUUUUGGUUUCUGUUGCGUUUAUGAGGUCAAUUAGAGUCUGGUGAUGUAAAGAAGAAAAAAUGGUUAGUAUUUGGUGUAAUAUUUUACCGUUCUGUAUCUGUAACAAUUUUCCCAUGUGUUAAUGUGAAAUGUGAAAGUAAGGGAAACGGCAUUUACCAUUAUC